UCAUAACUCCACACACUGUAUUUCCUUCAGCAGCCACCGGACAGAAGAGUGUGUGACGAGUUCGGGCAUUGUUUUUUCAUCUUCAGGGUUUUGUGGAGGAAUAUAUACACUAAUAAAGGAACUGGGAGAAACGCCAGUUGAAGAGGCAUAUCUCGCUGAAAUGAUGGAGAUCGAACUGCCUAAAAUGAAUCCAAGUCAACAGGAUAUGGAUCUGAUUGAUAUCCUGUGGAGGCAGGACAUAGACCUGGGAGCAGGCAGGGAGGUGUUUGACUUCAGCUACAGGCAGAAGGAGGUGCAGCUGCAGCGGCAGAGGGAGCUGGAGGAGGAGAAAAGGCAGCAGAGAGUGAGAGAACAGGAGAAAGCUCUGCUCGCCCAGCUGCAGCUUGAUGAAGAGACUGGAGAGUUUGUGCCUCGGCCCACGCCUACCAACAACGCUCUGACGCACGCCAGCACUGCACCUGCAGAGAUCACACAGAAUGUGGCAUUCACACAAGAGGAAGCAGACGCCUUAUCUUUUGAUGAGUGCAUGCAGUUGCUGGCAGAAACAUUCCCUCUGGUAGAGCCAGCAGAGCCUGCUCCUCCCUGUCUGGAUCCCUCAAUUCCUUCAUCCACAGACAGCAGCCAUCUAAUGAUGCCUGGAGAAAUGCCAAUGCUUUCGCAGAAUCCUCUAAUGCCAGGCCCUAUGGACCAGACAUGGAUGGACUUGCAGCAUUGCUUGAACAUCCAGGAGAUGUUGGACAUGUCAGGAUAUGUGAACACAGUCCCUGCUGCAACUGUACCAGAAUCUAACUACAGCCAGUAUCUGCCUGAACUGGGGGACAUCUCCACUAACACUGCAGAAAUAUGCCCUCCAGACUAUAUUAACAGCUACGAUGGGGCCUUUAAUAGCGUGGUGCCUCCAAACCUUAAUCAGAUGAGUCUGAAAACCACAGAUAUAAAUAAGGGCUUUGUAGCAGAUGAGUUUUGUGAAAUGUUUUACCCUGAAAUGGAGGCUAAAGUGAUAAGUGCUCCUGUUCCAUGUGAAGGGGGAAACCUUGUGGGCCAGCUUGAUGAGCUAUCCAGUGAUCCUUUGCUGAAACCCAUGGACCUGCACAGCCUAUCUCCUGGAGACUUCAGCACAGGAAAUCCGGAAGUCAUGACAGAAAUUCCAGAUUCAGAUUCUGGCUUGUCCCUGGAUGCCAGUCCCAAAACUAGCUCACCCGAUAGGUCUCUCAACGGAGACGGUUCCUUUGGCUACAGCGACUCAGAAAUGGAUGAAACGGAGGGUGGCCCCGGGAGUGCGGAAUCACAAUAUGCUGAGAUGUUUCCCCUGCUGUUCCAAAGUGACAGUCCACAACAGUUCCUUGACGAGAAACCCCCAAACAGCCAGACGCCAGAGAGCAUGGCCACGCAGCCAAAGAAAGAGCCAGUGGAGGCCAGCGGCUACUCCAAACCACCCUUCACCAAAGACAAGCAGAAGAGGCGCUCAGAGGCACGGCUCUCGCGUGAUGAACAGAGAGCGAAGACCCUGCAGAUCCCCUUUACCGUCGACAUGAUAACCAACCUGCCUGUUGACGACUUCAACGAGUUGAUGUCCAAGCACCAGCUUAACGAGGCCCAGCUGGCUCUGGUCCGGGACAUUCGCCGCCGCGGCAAGAACAAGGUGGCGGCACAGAACUGCCGCAAGCGCAAGAUGGAGAACAUCGUGGGCCUGGAGUAUGAGCUGGACUCGCUUAAGGAGGAGAAGGACCGCCUGGUGAAAGAGAAGAGCGAUAACAGCAGCAGCCUGAGGAAAAUGAAGCAGCAGCUGAACUCCCUGUACCUGGAGGUGUUCAGUAUGUUGAAGGACGAGCAGGGAAAGCCCUACUCUCCCAACGAAUACUCCCUGCAGCAGACGUCCGACGGCAGCGUCUUCCUCGUCCCCCGCAUCAAAAAGACUCUGAUCAAGAGCGACUAGCACUUUCUUCUGCUUCCUCCUUCUCCUCCUUCUUCUUGGUACUGCAUAUUCUCUAGCUAAGUACUAUGCAAAACAAGGAAAAUAAAACUUUAUAGGUAUUUUUGCUUAAGCUUUAGCAGUAAAGAUGGCAGAACUAUUAUAUAGUUUUUGCUUAUUCUACUUUCUUAAUAUUCUUAAUAUCUGUUGUAUUUUGUACUUUAUAUUUUAUCUGAAAUUGUUUUAUCUAUAUGGUUUGUAAAUACAUUUAUACUUUAUUUGCUAUUGAAAUAUCAAACAAUGUACUGUGUAUAUAUCUAUCAUGUUUUAGGAUGCUAUUAAUUUUGUUGCAAUCACUGGCACUUAUGUCUGUUUUUAUAUCUUAAUUUACAGUUCUACUGCAAUUUUAUCUCUUGACUUCAUGCUUUAUAAAAAUAAAAGGUUCAUUUAAUCAAGUGAA